AUGCGCAAGAAUGGCGACCGAGCCCCUCAAGACAUGAUUUCAAAUGCCCUCUGUGAUAUAUCUCAUCUGGGUGCCACAAACACUAACUCUAGUCGCGACGAUCUUUCUCUUGCGCCACACACGCGUGAACGGCAACAUGCGUUUUGGCGUCGAUAUCACAGUUGUAUAUCACUCUUUCCUCACUUAAAAGAUUCGGUUCAACACAAAAAACGCAUACGCGAUGAUGGAGAUCAAGAAAACAUAGACCCAUGGGACGAGGAGCUAGACUUUUUCGAAUCACUCGACGAAUCUUCAUGGCAGCUUUUGGAUGAAACUUCCGAUUCUAGCAUAAAAGCGUCGAGUAAGCUCUCACUUGAUCCAGAAACAAGCAAAAGUUCAGAAGAUCAAACAAACUUUGGAUUUCAAAAAGCGAACGGCAAACGAGUAGCACGUCCCAGUGCAGCUGCCAUGGAACAAGCAGCCAAACGGUUAAGAUUGGAUGAUUGGGACGAUGAUCCGCCCACAUCCACCAAUAUACCCACCUCAUCGCCUGAUUACGCCGCAAAGUCUGAAACUUCUAUACCCACUUCAGGGCGGCCUUUUUGUCCCAAAGGGAACACCAGUCUUGUCAACACCACCGCGUGCUGGAUCAUCUUCACGACUACGCCCCGUUACAGUGGCAGGCUCAGCUUCGGUCCCAUCUUCAGCAUCCUUAAGCAAAAGAAGAUUUCGAAGCCCGCUUCGUCUACUCACGCCGCAAUCCAAAGUCAUCUCUGUCGGAAUACAUCCGCGUUCGUACCGGCACGGACUCAAUGCCAACAAUAA